AAAAAAUAAGUUUGACUUUGAUCAAAGUAAUCGGUGAAAAAAAUCUUUUGUCAUCAUACGUAGAUACAACAUUAGCAUGGAGGACUUAAUGCCCCAGCUGGCUAAAAUCAAAGCUCCAUUUGGACAAGAAAAAGUUUACAAAGAAGAAUGCACCUUUUCUUUUGAUAAUCCAGAGAGUGACACAGGGCUUUAUGUGUGUAUGUCGACAUUUCUUGGGCUGGGGAAGAAAUAUGUGGAGUGGUACUACAAUAAGACAGGAAAUGCCGUGUUUCUACACAUUAGAAGAAUUCGCAAAGAGAUUGAAAAAAGCAGUGAAUCUCCACCAGAGAAAAAGCCCACUAAACUGGCCAUAGGUGUAGAAGGGGGCUUCAAUCCAGAUGAGAAGCAGUAUGAAUUUGAGGAGAUGAACUCUAUUGUAGUGCUGCCUAAAUGGACUGUGAUUCCACUUCCUAAUCCAGAACUACCUGACAUUGCUCAGAUCUCGGUGGCAGCCAUACUUUCAGCUGAGGAUCCUUUAAAGGCAGCCGAGGCAGCAGCCAUGUCCAAUACAUGGGAGGGGGAGGAGAGAAAAGUAUCCAAGCAUGCUGAAAAUCUGAAACAGCUGGACAAUGGUAAAAAGAUUCCUCCCACUGGCUGGAAGUGUGAAAUGUGUGACCUAACCUCUAACCUCUGGCUGAACCUGACAGACGGCAGCAUCCUGUGUGGGAGGAGGUUUUUUGAUGGCAGUGGUGGUAACAACCAUGCUGUGGAUUACUAUCAGAAGACAGGGUAUCCCCUCGCUGUCAAACUAGGGACAAUCACUCCAGAGGCAGCGGAUGUUUACUCUUAUGAUGAAGAUGACAUGGUGUUGGACCCUUACCUGGACAAACAUUUAGCUCAUUUUGGAAUCAACAUCAAAGCUUUAGAAAAGACAGAGAAGACAAUGAUGGAGCUUGAGAUUGAUAUUAAUCAGAAAGUGGGAGAGUGGGACGUCAUACAGGAAGCUGGCAGUAAGUUGUCUCCCCUCUAUGGCCCUGGCUACACGGGAAUGAGGAAUCUAGGAAACAGCUGUUACAUGAACUCUACAAUGCAGGUCAUCUUCUCCAUCACAGACUUUCAGAAAAGAUACACAGCUCCCUCAUUUGACAACAUUCCAAAUGAUCCAACAUCAGACUUUAAUCUACAAAUGACAAAACUAGGAAAUGGCUUAUUGUCUGGUGAUUACUCUAAACCACCACCAGAGGGAGCAGAUGAAAGAUUACUACCACCUACAGGUAUCCGUCCACAAAUGUUUAAAACUUUAAUAGGCAGAGGUCACCCAGAAUUCUCCACAAAGCGUCAGCAAGAUGCUCAAGAAUACUUCUUGCAUCUUAUUAAUAUUUUAGAGAAAAACACACGGGGCUCUGUAAAUCCAGCAGACUGUUUCAAAUUCCAAGUGGAAGACAGAGUACAAUGUACACAGAGUAAUAAAGUCAAGUACACAAGUCGAUCUGAAUACUGUUUAUCCUUACCUAUACCAAUGGAGGCCACCACAAACAAAGAUGAUGUAGCCUUAUUUGAGGCAAAGAAGUUAGAAUUAGAGGCUCAAGGCAAAAAGAUACAUGACCCAAAAGAGAUUGUUCGACCCAAAAUUCCAUUAUCAGCAUGUAUCCAGAGUUUUGCAGCAUUUGAAACAGUUGAUGACUUUUAUAGUAGUGCAAUCAAAGGGAAGACUAUUGCUAAAAAAUCUACCCGCUUAUCUUCCUUUCCUGAUUAUUUAAUGGUGCAUUUAAAGAAAUUUACAAUAGGAGAUGAUUGGGUUCCUAAAAAGUUAGAUGUUUCUCUAGAUGUUCCUGAUAACCUUGACCUUUCAUCAUUAAGAGGUAAAGGUCUUCAGCCAGGAGAAGAGGAGCUCCCACAAGAGGCUGAGGCCCCACAAGAAGUUCAGAUAGAUGAAGUUGUAGUAGCACAGCUAGUAGAGAUGGGGUUCCCUAUAGAGGCCUGUAAGAAGGCAGUGUUCAAUACAAACAAUAGUGGGGUGGAGCCGGCCAUGAACUGGGUCAUGGAACAUAUGGAAGAUCAUGAUUUCAAUGCUCCAUUUGUUCCUCCUGGUGGUAAACCAAAGACAGGAAGUUUUGUUCCCAAUGAGGAUGCAAUAGGAAUGGUGAUGUCCAUGGGGUUUAACAGAGACCAGGCCAUCAAAGCUCUAAAAAACACUGAUAACAAUGUAGAGAGAGCUGUGGAUUGGAUAUUUAGUCACACCGAUGAAUUGGACACUCCUAUGGAGACGGAGGCCGGGGGAGACACGGUGCCCAAUACAACUUACAGGGAUGGGGAAGGCAAGUAUAAACUGGUGGCAUUUAUCAGCCACAUGGGGACCUCCACAAUGGUCGGCCACUAUGUCUGUCACAUAAAGAAGGAGGGGCGCUGGGUAAUCUACAAUGACGAGAAGGUGGCUUUGUCUGAACACCCCCCAAGGGACCUCGCCUAUCUAUAUCUCUAUCAGCGACAAUAACGCAGUGGACAAUUAGCAGCAUAAUGUCAUAAUCUGUGAUCAGUUGGAGACAUUUUCUAUUCCUCUUAGUUUAUGAUAACUUAUUCAGUAACAUUCACAACAACACUGGUGCAUAAAUUAUGUUAUUUCUACAAUUUCAAUAUUAAAUGACUUCAGUCAAGUUACUUUCAAGUUA